AUGGCAAGAAGGCCUUCAUCCCGUCGGCAAGAAUCGGAAAAACAUCGCGAACGUCGUAUAGCAACACCUGAACGACUGGGUAAGGAGCCUCAGAAAACUCUUGAUGGCAAGGUAGCCGGGCUCCAGUCAGCUGCUGAUCUCAAAAAAGAGUCGGAAAAACUCCGUGAACGUGAAGCGAAGAUGUUUGAAGAAAUGGAUGCGUCCGUGAGUGGAAGGAACGCUGAAACCACUGUCCGACAAAAGCAAGUUCGGAAAGGACGUGAGAAGCCGGAGGACAAAGAAAGGAAGGAACGGGAAGCCAAAAAACAACAGGAACUCCAAGAAAAGUAUCAAUUGUGGAACAAAGGAGUAGCUCAGGCUCAACUGCGAGCUGAACAACUGGAAGAGAUGGCCCGGGUUGUAUCUGAGCCAUUGGCGAGGAUGGCUGACGACGCUGAAAUGAAUCGGCACCUAAAAGAAGAAAUUCACGAAGAGGACCCAAUGGCAGUAAUGUUGAAGAGCAAGAAACGUAAACAAGCCCUGAAGAGGGGGGACCUAGUGUAUCCAACGUAUCAAGGGGAAUGUCCGCCAAAUCGAUUUGGAAUACGACCCGGCUACCGAUGGGACGGAGUAGAUCGGUCGAAUGGUUUUGAGGCGAAAUUGGCACAGUCGAAAAACAAAAGGAGUGCUGAAGAAAGAGAAUAUUAUCAAAAUCUUCAGUUGUAUGAGUAA